AUGUCUCAAGACUCCAGAACUUCAUCCAUGAGAGCUCAAAAUGGCUCUGCAUACAGCGAGACAAUACAUGCCGCUACUACAGCAAUAGGCGGUCGCAACACACCUCCUCAUCGAAAACACAGCUUCCCAUCCGCCGAUGCAUACAACAGACGCCAACCCGAAAACACUCCCGCCCAGGCUGAUCAAUCCGCAUCCCCCACCCGAGCCACUCUCCAUCACGGACCCUACGAUCUCCCCGCCUACGACCACUCCACGCCGCCACGGUACGAGACGGAACUCGCGCUCGAACAGCUCGAAGGGUUCGAAGGGUUUGAAGAGGAAUCGAUUCCCGAUACCACUCCUUCCCACAUCUCACCAUCGAACAACCCCGCCGCGCAAAGCCACCACACGGGAAGUCCCGAAAACCACAGUGACCAAACUCAGCCUAGCGGCCUUCCCCUCUCGCCCACGACGCAGCGCUGGUCAACCUCGUCAUCACCAGAAGAGAGGCUGCGACUAGGCCUCCCUCGGUACGCAAACAGAGAUGAGGAGCGCCGCGCCUAUCAGCAAGCUGUUUGCUGGCUGGGCUUUGGUGGUUGA